AUGGACACGGCGAGGGCCGUCAUGUUAGCCACCGGGACCCGUGGCAUCAUCAACAAAGUCAACGGCUCCAAAAUAACCAAGUCACCAAGCAUAACCUUCGCCAAACACAAAGUUACUACUCGGAACAUGCGCCGUAUUCAAGCAGGCUGUAUCAUGAUGAACUUGCCCGGGUUCUCUAUCGAGUCAAUAUUGUUGGUUGGUCAUAUUGAACAAAUGGAUGAUCACACAAACUGUGUUCAAUCUGAUGUCAGUAACAAUAUGUCAUCAACCCUUUACAGUGAGUCUGGAGACCCUUCACCAGCAGUUCAUAAGACCUCGACUGGGAUGUUGCGGCCUGUCUCUGAUAUCCCGGAGCAGUAUCGUUCACUCUUCUCCCAGUUCCCCUACUUCAACAUUGUCCAGUCAACAGUGUUCCAGGACGUCUUUAACUCAGAGCGGUCAUUGGUGGUGUCGGCACCGACGGGGUCUGGUAAAACUGUAGUGAUGGAGCUGGCGCUGGUGAGGCUCCUGCUCUCACGACAACAACAGCAGCAGCAGCAGCAACAGCAGCAGCAGCUUCCCGCCCUGCACUCUCUCCAACACGCCAGAGUCGUCUACCUGGCCCCGAUGAAGGCGGUGGUGACGGAGCGGUACACGGACUGGCGGGAGAGGUUGGCUCCUCUUGGCUUGACGUGUGCUGAGGUCACCGGCGACACCGACCACGACGACAUCUCCGUCAUCAGGAACUCUCAGGUGGUGCUGACGACGCCAGAGAAGUGGGACUCCCUCACCCGCCGCUGGAGAGACCACGCCGCCCUCAUGCAAGCCGUCUCCCUACUCCUCAUUGAUGAGGUGCACUUGCUGAACGACGAGACCCGCGGCCCCACCCUGGAGGCCGUCGUCUCCCGCAUGAAGACCAUCCGCGCCACCAGACCCACCACCACCACUCCCGCCCACCACACCCCGGCCCUCAGGUUUAUUGCUGUGUCUGCGACGAUCCCCAACGUGGAGGAUGUGGCCGCCUGGCUCUCUGAUGACCAGGGGCCAGCUGUAUCUCACAAGCUGGAGGAGAGCCUGCGGCCGGUGCAGCUUCGACGAGUGGUGCUGGGUUAUGACUGCCGCGAGUCCUGGACAGAGUUCCGCUUCGACCUCUCCCUCAACUACCGCCUCCCCUCCGUCAUCUCCUCCUACAGCGAUAACAAACCCACCCUGGUGUUCGUGUCGACGAGAAAGGCGGCGCAGACGACGGCAACCACGCUGACGCGGGAGGCCCGACUGGUGAGGGACGCAAGCCACAAACAGCUCCUUACCUCCGUCGGCAACUCCCUCAGGGACAACAAACUUAGAGAAUGUGUGUUGAGUGGAGUGGGAUACCACCAUGCGGGGCUGGACGCCACCGACCGCCGCCACCUGGAGCAGCUCUUCACGGCUGGCCAGCUGCCCGUCCUCGUCGCCACCAGCACUCUGGCUAUGGGGGUGAACCUGCCGGCACACCUGGUGGUGGUCAAGUCUACGGCGCAGUACGUGAACGGUGGCUACCAGGAGUACUCGGCAGCACAGCUGCUGCAGAUGAUGGGGCGUGCUGGGAGACCCCAGUUCGACACCCAGGCCACCGCCGUCAUCAUGACCAAGCACCAGCACAAGGUGAAGUACGAGAACCUAGUGACGGGCCGGAGCCUGCUGGAGUCUCACCUCCACCUGCACCUGGUGGAGCACCUCAACGCUGAGAUCGUGCUGGGGACAGUGACGGACCUUGGCGUGGCUGUAGAGUGGCUGCGCUCCACCUUCCUGUACGUACGGGUGCAGCACAACCCUCGACAUUACCGUCUUCCACACAACCUCCAGCACGCCCAGCUCGAGGCCAAGCUGCAAGAGAUGUGCACAAGGGAGGUGAACGCCUUGGCCCAGGCCGGACUCAUCGUGAUGAGUGAGGUGGAUGUGAGACCUACCCAGCCCGGCCGACUGAUGGCCAGGUACUGCGUCUCCUUCAACACCAUGAACACCUUCAUCCAGCUGAAGGGAGAUGAGAGUCUGAAGGAGUUGGUGGAGGCGGUAUCUGGCUGUAGGGAGUUCUGGGAUAUCAAGGUACGGGCGUCUGAGAAGCGAGUACUGAACGAGAUGAACAAGAGUCAGACCUCAUCUAUACGCUUCCCCAUCAAGGGCAGGAUCAAGACCAGGGAGCAGAAGAUCAACUGCCUGGUGCAGGCGACGCUGGGGAGCCAGAACAUCGUGGACCCCGGCCUGAGUCAGGAAGCCACCAAGAUCAUGCGCAACGGCCAGCGCAUCACUAAGUGUCUGGCGGAGUACGGGGCGACGAGGGCGGAGUACGAGCUCCAGCUCAACACCACGCUGCUGAACAAGUGCUUCAGCUGCCGCCUCUGGGAGAACAGCAGGUACGUCACCCGUCAGCUGGACAAGAUUGGUCCCACCCUCAGCGCCAGCCUCGUCCGCGCCAAGAUCACCUCCUUCACUUCGCUUGAGGCCGCCUCACCCAGGGACAUCGAGCUGAUCCUCAACAGACAGCCGCCCUUCGGUAACCGGCUCCGCGACCAGGCGACGAGGCUGCCCCGCUACGAACUCACGCUGGAACAGAUCAACAAGGUGAGCGUUGAGGAGAGUGAGGUGCGGGUGAGGGUGAGCCUGGCCAACAGUGAGGAGGUGCGGGGAGGUGCAGCCACCACCCCCAGACAUCACUCCUGCAGACUCAUCCUGGGCGACGCAGACAACAAGGUUCUUCAUCACCAGCGAGUCACGGACGCGGCGCUGGUCAUCUCUGGGAGCGUUGUGAGGGUGGUGAGAGUGGCCAGGGCCCGGGCCGGGGACGAGCUGGCCGUCAACCUCAUCUCCGAGACCUGGGCCGGUCUGGACGUGCAGAGUAGCUACAGUCCCCGGUACCUGCCUCGGCCCCCACCUGCGGCCAUCACCACCACCACCACGCCGGCACCACUCACCCACUCCGCACCUGAGGGCGAGAAGGGCCACGCUGCAGGAGGGGUGGAGGAGGGGCGGCGUGCCUGCCUCCACACCUGUGCCAACAAGCAAACGUGCGCCCACAGGUGUUGCAAGAUUGGCGUGAGUGGCCGGAUGGAGAGCAUCAGGUCAGGUGGGCAGGCGGUGGUGCAGGAGAUACGCAAGAGAGCCAGCCAGCUGCCCCAGACACCUGUUAAGAAGAUUAAGAUGGUGGCGAGUGGUGAAGGAGGACUCUCACAGUUCAAGUAUUCCUCACGAGGUCCCCGUCUGAUGCACGCCCCAGCCCCCAUCAGGUCUACUGCUCCUUCACGUACUAACACUACUCUCCAAUCCAACGUUAGUGACAACACACACCAACCCGAAGCAGUCCAAAAUAUAUACAAAUGUAACAAUACCCGCAACACGUAUCAGGAAAACGCUAAGGGCAAUCAACGCUCUGCUAAUACCCAAAUGUCCUCUGAAAGUAAUGACGGAUACUUUGUCAGAAAUAGUACAGAGUAUCUGGCAGAUGAACUGAUCGAUGAGCACGUCUUGAAUGACUUUGAAAACGUGAGUAAUUUUGACGAAGAAGAAAACCAAGAUUUUCCAGAUAUGGAUAUUUUCAUGAUGGAGAAGGAAAACUUUACGGAGGAGUUGCAGACUUCAGCAGAGACUUACGACGAAGCAUUCAGCGAGCCCCUAGGAAUAGAGGAUACGGAUUAUUUUAAACAAGAUUUAUCAGGUGUUUCUUGGAAAAAAUAUAAGUUUGGACAACAUCGCACAAAACUCAAUCAGCCCCAGAAACCGACCACUCGACUGCCGUCGCUAAACCCAUGUUUGCCUCCCAACAUGCAGCAAAGUCAACAAACAACACCUCAGACUGCUGGCCAAAGACCUCGGAUGACACAGGUGAAGCCGGGACAACACGCUCCAAAGGCAUCCAAUCUUGAAUCAAGAACACAAAAUAUACCAAUGAUUCCAAGAAAUGUUGUAGGUCAAAGGUCUUCAUGGCAGACACAGGGACAGAGCCAGCAGGCGGCACAGCAGUCUUCAUGGCAGACACAAGGACAGAACCAGCAGGCGGCACAGCAGUCUUCAUGGCAGACACAAGGACAGAACCAGCAGGCGGCACAGCAGUCUUCAUGGCAGACACAAGGACAGAACCAGCAGGCGGCACAGCAGUCUUCAUGGCAGACACAGGGACAGAACCAGCAGGCGGCACAGCAGUCUUCAUGGCAGACACAAGGACAGAACCAGCAGGCGGCACAGCAGUCUUCAUGGCAGACACAAGGACAGAACCAGCAGGCGGCACAGCAGUCUUCAUGGCAGACACAGGGACAGAACCAGCAGGCGGGACAGCAGUCUUCAUGGCAGACACAAGGACAGAACCAGCAGGCGGCACAGCAGUCUUCAUGGCAGACACAGGGACAGAACCAGCAGGCGGGACAGCAGUCUUCAUGGCAGACACAGGGACAGAGCCAGCAGGCGGCACAGCAGUCUCCAUGGCAGACACAGGGACAGAGCCAGCAGGCGGCACAGCAGUCUCCAUGGCAGACACAGGGUCAAAGGCCUGCUUAUCCUUGUGUAAACAAUAACAACAGCUCGUUCCAGCCUCAGUUAUUGCAACACAAUCAGAGUCAGCGGCUUAUGAAACCUUUGGGAACGCAUAUCAACCAGAAUAACCAAUUAGUUCGACCUUUGGGAGCACAGAUGAAUCGAUAUCCAUGUCCAGUACGUCCUUCAAGCAUGCCAAAUCAAAGAUUUUUACGACCAUCAGUGAUAGAGGCUAAUUACAAUACAAAUUCAAUGAGGAAUUCAGGUGAACAAACUAAACAAACUCAGAGACCAGCACUCCUCUCAGGAACACGGGUAAAUAUAAUUCAAAAGCCUAUGGAUGCACAAACUGGCCAAAUGCAAAGGCCACCAUUACGUCAAGGUGCACAAGUUAAACAUUUCCAAAAUCCAUUAAGACUUCCUGGGCCACAAGUCGGUCAGGGCGAAAGGCCAGUGAGACCUCCAUUUGGACAAACUAAUAAUUAUUCUAUGACUGAAGCAUCGUUCACUGAAACUAGUCAGACUCAGAUGCCCAUGAGGCCGCCAGGUGUACAUACUAAUCAGAAGCAGCUGCUGCCGUAUGGCGUGAAGAAUAUUCAAAGUAAGAAUAUAUCACGGACUCCGGGUUCACUUGAAUUUACCGGUCAAAAUCCACCUCUUUCAAAUGAGAUAGAUAAUCAGCAUGUGAUGUCUUCCGAUAAAUAUAUCAGUGAUAGACUUAUUAACGAUGAACAUGGAGAAUUUCCAGCACAGCACCAAGGACAGACAUUUCUUACCAGCCACGUCCCAGAACCACCAGGAUAUCCAGCACAAUUUUACUCCCAGAUGACAGCCACUCCUUUUUCACAUACCAGUGUCGCCUCUGUACAGCGUCAUGAAGAGGAGCAGGCCACAACUACAGAUGCAAACUAUGUUAUAUAUGAUACAGGUCAAGAGAUGCAAGACACGUGGCAUCCACGGCCUCAAAGUGGAAUUAGUGCCCAUUCACAACAGUUACACCAAUCUUGGGUAAAUUCUGACACUCAGCGGCAUCAAAACAUGGAAACCCAGAUGGGAUCAGCAGUGCCUGCCAGAGUUAACUACUCCCAACAAACCUCAGGUGAAGUGUGUUAUUCACAAGGCUUUGGUCAAGUAUAUUCCUCGGAUGACUUACCACUCCAGUCAUCAAGUCAACAAAUCUGCGGCACAAACCUGAACGUGAUCAGCGAUUUGCAACACAUAAAACCUGUCGCAGGAAUAAAACCUUUAUCGUUGUCUACUGGACAGUCUAAUAGUAGCAGGCAAAAGAAGGUAGAUGACCCUUUCUCUCAUUUGACGAAAGAGUGGAGAGAGUCUCAGCUAAGGAGGCCACGCGGUAAGCUGAGUAACGUCGUUGUGCCAACGAUACAGAGCGGCCGUGGUGCUGCUGAGGGUGUAGCACCAACCAAAGAAAUACCGAGCCAUAAUGACGACUGGCGAGAUCUUGAGAUGUUCCAAUGGUGUCGCCAACAGGAAAGGUUGGCGCUUGAGUCCCUUUACCACAAAGGUCAAGAGCUUACUUCUGAAAAGACAGAAGAGCCUCAACAUUUCGAUGGAGAUUCUGUUCCCAGCAACCGGCACCACUCACCAGCACCCAGAAGUGUGGAUGUACAGCCCAUCAACCCAGGCAAGCUCCAUAUUACUUAUGGGAGUGGGGAGCAGGGCCCGGCGCUGGACGUGGGUGUGACUGGCGUGGGCGGCAUCCACCAAAAUAUAAACAUUAACUUCUCCGGCAUUGCAAGCCAGGCGGGUGGCGUGCGGCCGCCCCCUGCACCCGUCUCCUCGCCCGUACCUCAGUCAGAGCCACGUAGUGAGCCACAGGUGCGCGGGAUCCUGAAGAAACCCAGCCAAGGCUUCCGCACCAGUCUUGGUGGUUAUGGUGUGUGCUGGGAGGUGAAGGUACUGGAAGGAGUAUGUCUUAGAUGGCACCUUGGGGGUCGUUGUCUGGCCCUCAUGUGCUACGAUUACCAAGGUGCAGGACUGGCAGCCAGCCUGCCCCGGGCACAGACCAAGGUGCACAGUUCUGGCAGUAAUGGCCAAGUGCUUCUCUAA